AUGUCGAAGAGUUUCUUCAACCCCCAAUUGCUUUCUUAUCCGGCGUUCAAUAUUAUCUUCUCCUCUGCGUUUUCGGUCUCCCACCAGUCGUCCAAGUCGACUCACAUGGCGGGUUCGUCUUCCAGGAAUUGUAAGCGUAGGAAGGGCAGGUCGGCUGGUUCUACUCCAGGUGCCACUGCUAUACAUACGGUUGAUGUAGUGGAGGUUUCACCUUUGAUGCCGUCUGAGGAUGUUGAAGCGCCCCCUAUUCGUGCUUCUCCCAAGCAUUUAGUCGAACCGAUGAAGCAUUCUGAUAGGGCAGUGCCCCGAGCCAUGCCGUCGUUGCGUGGUUGGACUUUUGGGCCUUUAAAGGCCAGACAGUUAUCCGAUAUCAAAAUGGGAGGUUUUGGUAGGGGAGAGGUUGUGGGACCGUUCAUUCCCGAUGUUGACCGCGUAGUUCCGGGUCCAGUUAGGAUGGAGAGCAAUCAAAAUAUAAGUGGAAGUGGAACUGGACCUCUUCCAUCUUCAACAGUGGAUGAACAAGGAGUACAAACCCCAGGCAUUGAGACAAGUGCUCAACAGCCUAUGACCACUCCUAAAGUUCCUGCUGUUAAGAAAAGGAAGGAAAUAGAGUCUAGAUCCAUAGUGUGGGAGCACUUUGAACAGAUCAAAGAUCCUGAAACUAAUAAAGUGCUUAAAGGCAAAUGCCUUUACUGUGCAAAAGAGUAUUUUUGUGAAACUAAAAAACAUGGCACAUCAUCAUUAAGAAAUCAUAUGGGCAAUUUUCUUAAAAAUCCCCAUUCAAAGGAUAUAAGGCAGUCUCUACUCACAUUCAACACUCUGUCCACUUCUGAGGGUGGAACAGAGGCUCCUGUGGGUGUUUUGGGGACAUGGGUAUUUAAUCAAGAUGCCAUUAGGAGGGCCCUUUGUGAGAUGAUAAUCAUAGAUGAGCUCCCUUUUAGGUUUGUAGAGGGCCAGGGGUUCAAGAGGUUUAUUCUGGUUGCUUGUCCUAGGUUUCUUAUCCCUUCUAGGUGGACCAUUUCUAGGGACAUCUACCAAAUAUUUCUUGAUGAGAGGCUAAACCUUAAGAAGUUGUUUAGAGUGGGAACUCAAAGGGUUAGUCUAAUAACAGAUACAUGGACUUCUGUCCAGAGAAUCAACUAUAUGUGCAUUACUGCACAUUUUUUAGAUGACCAGUGGAAGCUUCAAAAAAAAAUUAUAUCCUUUGUCCCAGUUUCUUCUCAUAAGGGGGAGUACAUUGCAAAAGCCCUAGAGAGUUGUUUAUUAGAGUGGGGAAUUAAGAAUGUGUUUACUGUAACAGUGGAUAAUGCCUCCUCUAAUGACACAGUUAUGGGGUUUUUUAAGAGUAAACUGUUAUCUUGGGGUUCUUCUUCUGUUAAGGUUCAGUACAUGCACAUGAGGUGCAUAGCCCAUAUCCUCAAUUUAGUGGUCCAAGAUGGGUUGAAGUUUGCAGAUGAGUCAGUUAAGAGGGUGAGGGAUGCAGUGAGAUGGGUUAGGAACUCACCAGCUAGGCUGACAAAGUUCAGAGAGUUUGCUGAACUGUUUGGUGUGGAAGCUAAAUCAGCUUUGCAUCUUGAUGUCCCUACAAGGUGGAACAACACCUACAUUAUGCUCAACACUGCAAUUCAAUAUCAAGUAGUGUUUGAUGCAUAUGAGAGAAAUGACCCCUCUUAUUCUGCUGACUUGGGGAGUGCUCCUACCUUCUUGGAUUGGUGUUCUGUGGAAAGCUUAGUGAAGCUGUUGAAAGCAUUUUAUGAUAUGACAGUGAGGAUCUCUGGUUCACUUUAUGUCACAUCUAACACAUUCUUCUCUGAGAUCUCUGAUCUUAGUUGCAUGCUUGAAGAUAUGGUGAACUCUGAGCAGGGGACUGAAAAGGCAAUGGGGACACAAAUGAGGAACAAGUUUGACAAAUAUUGGGGGGAUCCAGAAAAAAUGAACUCUAUCAUUUUUUUUGCCAAUAUUCUGGAUCCCAGAGAUAAGUUGGAGUACAUGCCUCAUCAAUUUGUCCAGUUGUAUGGAGAAGAGAAAGGCAAAGCUUGUUUUACCAAGGUCCAAUCUGCAAUGGCUGCUUUAUAUGAUGACUAUGCAGCUACAUACUCUCUCAGUUCUACCCAGACAGCAUCCUCUACUCAAGCAGUCCAGUGUGAGGCUAACCAGGCUACUACUUGUACAGUUGGUAGGCCUCAAUCAUCUUUGAAGAGCCAACUUAAAAAAAAGAGAUUGGAAAGUAGUGGAAGCAGUAAGCAAACUGAGCUGCAAGUAUACUUAAGUGAAAGUAUUGUGGAGGAUGAUGAAUCUGUCCCAUUUGAUGUGUUAAAGUGGUGGAAGAGCCAUAGUGAGAGAUUUCCUAUUCUCUCCAAAAUGGCUAGAGAUGUCCUUGCAGUUCCUAUCUCCACAGUUGCUUCUGAGAGUUGUUUUAGUACAUCUGGAAGGGUACUUGAUCCAUUUAGGAGUUCCUUGACUCCUAAAAUAGUGGAAGCACUAAUAUGUACUCAAGAUUGGUUGAGGGCACCUAAUCAGCCAAUCCAAGUUGAGGAGAACCUGGAGGAGGUUGAAAGAUUAGAGAAAGAAUUGCCCACUGGAGCUUCAUCUACUAUACCAUCAAUGUUGCCUACAAUCACUGUAAUGUUUUUAAUAUCAGUUUACAAUGUGUUCAUUUCUUUACUGAGAAGAAGAGUAGAUUAUCUAGAUGACUAUAUUAGUGUUGAUUUUGCUGAAUUGCUGAAAGAAGAACUGAAGAGUACCGGUGUUGACAGCUCAAGUCUAUGA